AUGGCUAAAAAUAACAUCAUCUGCAUUGUCUCUUCGCAGUAUAAAGCGGUAUUCUUGAAGAUUAAUUCUUCAACCACCAUCUUGGAUCUCAAGUUUGAUGCGGCAGAGAGGUUAGAUCUUCCAUACGAGUCAUUAAUUUUGGCAUAUGAAGAUCAAACAGUUGGAAGCUUAAAAUUUCUCAUUGAGAACGAUGGUGAUCUGACGUCUAUGGUGGAGCAUUGCCACAAUCUUGGACUGAAAGAGGUUCACGUGCAAGCUUUUAAAGAAGGAGAUGAUUCUUCGAAUAAACAGGAAAACGAGCAAGUCCGACAAGACAUUUUGAAAUCAAAAAGUGUAGACUGUGGCCCGUCGGCGUUGUUGACCACAAGUGUUCCAGAUAAGAAUCCCAAUGACAAUCCUUCCGGAGAUGAUGUCAUGACGAUUGAUGACAUGAUUAGCAGAUCAGAGAGGAUUCCUGCUUGGUGGCACACAGCUUUAACCGGUGAGGGACAACGAUUUGAAAGUGCGAAGGAGUUAAGAUUGGCCUUGCUAUACUACUCCAUGGUAUGUAGAAGAGGUCAAGAAGACAAACCCAGGUAG